AUAAAAUAUUAAUUAAAUGUCAGAGGAAUAAGAAAUAGAUUGGGGAGUAGGUGCUCAAGCAUUAUAUGCGAUGGUUAGGGCAACAAAGGAUUGCUCAAAGAGAUGCGGGGCAUUGCAAUUGAAAAGGGACCUUAAUGACACAGAAUCAGAAUGCUUAAGUAUAAUUGAAGAUUAAAACCAUAGAAAAAUGCGCUGUGUUUCAUGCAGGAUCCUCAAGCACCCACCUGAGAUUCUUAAUAAAUUAUGCAGAAACAGUGCAUCUUCAGUGAAAUCAUAAAUAUACAUCUAUAUAAAUCAUCAU